AUGGCAAUCUCAGCGAUGGGAAAGAAAAAUGUGGUUUUGGCCCUAGCAAUGUGUCUCGUUCUCUCAAGCUUCCAUGAGGUUUCUUGCCAGGUUGGCGGAAGCAGCGAAUUUAGAACGUUAGAUAGCCAAGAAUCUGAAUCUAAUGUCCAAACCUUCGAAGGGAAAGCCACAUCUUCUGUGUCUCACUCGGUUGAAGCCGAGUCUGAAGCUGCUAGUAGUUAUGAAGCGGGUCAAAGUUCGAGCAGUUCGGAUGACAUCAAACGUCUAAUGGAAGGUUUUAAUAAAAAUGCUGGAUCUGAAGCUGAAUUAACGGAUGCUUCUGAAACCGGUUCUUCGAAUCAGGAACGGGUGAAAGAACUUCAACGCCAGAUGGAAGCUUCAGCAUCUAGAAGAACUGUUGUAGAAGGAGAAGAAGAAGAAAUCACAGAGGCAAAGAGUAAUCUGGAAACACGUGGAACCACAUUCCAAGGGGGUGAAAGUACAGAUGAUGGAAGCGAUAUAAGCAAAAUAUAUUAUAAAAACAACGGUGAAGAGGAAUCUGAGGGAAACCGAGGGUUCGUGAUAAAGGAACCGACAAUAACUAGAUACGAUGAUGGGUCAAUGGGGAGUCGUCAACAGUAUGAGUCAAAGCAAGAGUCAGUGGAGAGUCGUCUAGAGUAUGAGUCGAAGACAAGCAGUAGCGGAUCAGGGGUUAUAGGAUCUCUAUCAAUUGGACAGACAGGUGCGUGGCGCUGUAUUAACCCAGACAAAGAUGGUGUUAAGGGAGACGAUUCUAUAGGCUCCUCGUCAAAAACAUCUAGUCUCAUAACAUCGCUAACCGAGAUUGUUGAUAACCAUAAGAAAGGACGAUGGACAGAUGUAAAAAUAGGAAAAAUUUCUACUACAGAAACAUCAGAAAAAGUAAAGAAACUAAAAAUGACCCUGAAAACAUAUGUUGGUAUAAAGGUGCGUGAUCUCGUGCAUCGUUCAGAUUACGAGGAGAUAUUGACAAUGGCUGCACGUUAUGAGGAGCUAACCCGAGCUAAAGUAACCUACAUCUCGAGGCUGGCCACGUAUGGGACUGUGAUAAGAGAAGGAUUCAAGGCCUCUCAGCGAGUGAAAACUGUACACCAACGUGUCAUAUUGCAUGAAAACGUGGCCAUAGAGAAGCAGAAAAGGGUGGACGCUGAGUUCGAGUUAGUCAAGGCUUUGGCUCAGAAAGGAGACAAUUUGGCCGUACAAAUAUUCGCUAUGAAGAAGGCAGUGUUGAAGCUUGAGGCUGAGAAGAAACAAGUUGAGAUUGAAUUUCAGAAGAUUGUUGAGAAAUUAUCACGAAUUCUAGAGGAAUCGUCUCAAGCAUACGAGAAGCAUCGUGUGGUUGUGCGUGAGUGGAAGGAGGUGCAAGCAUCUUAUGAAUAUUCACUUGAAACCGUCGAGAAGGCAGAUGUGGUUUGGGUUCAGUUUCUCAACACUCUUACUUAG